AAGUUGAAAACACAAGGCUCUUGGGUUCUGAAGCAGUGAAGCCGUGCUACACAAAACCCAUUUAAAAGUUCUUGAUCGAUCAACAGAACAAAAAGGGCUUCGGUGUGUUCUUUUCUCUUACGUAAAAAAAGAAUACUUCUCUCAGAUGGAUGAAGUAAAUAGUGAGGGGGUGAUGAAUGGGAUAGCUUCAAUAGCUCUGCUGCCGUCUGGCUCCAUUUCAGGCCAUUUCAUCCACCUUCCCCACUCUAUCUGUUAUGGCCUUCAUGGCACUGAAUUGGCUUGCGAGAGAGAGUGCAGCAGAGGUGAAGAUUACCGCUUGCUCAAGCUCACAAUUGUAGACUACUCUAGGAAGAAAGAGCGAGUAGUUGUAGUGGAGUGCAAAGGGCAUGAUGCUGCUCGAUUCCAGAACAUUGAUCAUGCUCAUGGCACUUUUGCAAUGGCUUAUGUGGGGUUAGAUGACGUUUGGAUUUGUAGGAGAUUCAGUCAACCAAUUAGAUGGAGAAAUGGGUGCACACAAGGUCAUUCAAACUUGACCUCCUACCUUAGUGAUAUUAGAGAUAUAUUGUAAUCUUUUCCUGAUCAAAGAAGAAAGGUAGCUAAGAGGACUAAAUUCUACUGCUGAUAACCUUGCAAGGGAGAGAGUGGAAGGGGCUCUAUUUUUGUACGGACAAUAACUCUGUUCCUAAGUAUUUUUGGUUGAUGUAUGGGCUCUAGAGCAUAUUCUGUAGACAGUAGACUCUUCUAAAUCCUUUCUUGUACACUAUUGUCAUCAAUGAAAUACAAUAAUUAUCUUCUCUCAAUA